AUUUCACAUUUUGGUUCUUGAUUUGUGUGAAGUGAGCCGAGCAAAGAAAGGAAUUUGAUUAGGGUUUAUCGUUGUGUUGUGUUGUGUGGGUUCAGUUCUUCAAAUCUUGUGGUAAUCCUCGCAUUUCCGUCUCCAGGUCACUUAUGACUUUGUCCAACAAGAAGGCUAAUUGUGGUGAUCAAAUUGAUCGAAUAAGUGACUUCCCGAGUAAUGUGAUUGAUGGCAUCCUAGAACACUUGAACAUCCGUGACCGAGCUAGGACUAGUAUUCUGUCAAAAAAGUGGAGGUAUAUAUGGACUUCAUUCCCACGACUUGAGUUUGACAAAGAAUUUUUUGAUCUGUAUGACGGCGACUCCGACCAAGAGGAUUUUGUGGACCAUAAGCCUAACAUUUCAAGAUUUAUCACGGAAGUUCUUUUACUCCACAAUGGGCCGAUAUAUAAGUUUACACUUUUCAUGCAUCGUCACUUCAACAUCAAAAUUGAAUUCCUUGUUAAGUGGAUUCUGUUUUUGUCAAGGAAAGGUGUUAAGCAUAUUCAGCUUGUGAACAAUACAUAUCAUUCCUAUCGUAUGCCAUCUCACCUCUUCUCUUGUCAGGAAUUGACUCACGUUCGAAUUCGCCACUUUAACAUGUCAGUUCCACCUAAUUUCCGUGGCUUUAAAAGUUUGUUGCACCUUCACUUAGAACAAAUUAAAUUUGAGCUUGGUGCACUUGAGAGUCUUAUUUCGGGCUGCCCCUUACUUGAAGAGCUUUGCAUUUUAAACUGUUCUGGUUAUGAAUGCGUUGAUUUAUCUGCUUCUCCUACUCUCAAGGUCUUCCACAUUGAAUAUAAUCAUGCGAUCAAGUCAAUUUGUUUGGAGAAAGCAAACAGUCUAAUUGAUCUUACACUCAUAGUUUAUCGGGAUGGAGUAUCUGGUUUGAAUAAUAUUUUGCCAAAAGUUCAGAGGCUUACUAUGGGAUUAGACUCCAAGAUGUUAUAUGCAGAUGUCAUUCAUCCAACACCGCUGAUAUGCUUAAAGUAUCUGAAAUUAAGUACGGUGAAUUUGGAACAAAGAGAAGAACUUUUGCAUAUUGUUAGUGUGCUCAAAAGUGCUUCUAACCUGGUCGAACUUGUUAUGGAGACUUGUUGCGACAAAGAUUAUAAGACAGAAGUGCCAGAUCAUGCUGAAGAGUUAGAUUGCAGUAGUUAUUGCCUUAAUCAACUACUGACGGUGAAUAUCAAAGUUAAAACCAACUUUAAACAUGUUAUGAGUUUGAUUCGCUUCAUACUUGCAAAUUCCUCAUCAUUAAAGACUCUUACUCUUGACAUUGAUCUUGGUUAUAAGAAAUCAGAUGUGCCUAUAUUGUUCGGCAUUUCACGAGACUUGUUAUGGAUGGAACGAGCAUCACAAAGAGCACACGUUGAAGUCCUUCACCAAAGAAUAGAUUAUGACUUUAAGGAUUAUAGGUACUACUGACCUAGUCCAAGAGAAACUAGAAAAUGUAAUCGUUGUUUUAAUUUCUUUAUGUUCGAAUUUAUUACGCUUUUUUAAGACAAUUACACAUGAAUGGCCAUCAUUCAUGUUGAAUGGUUUAUUAAAUGUAUUAUCUUUUAGGGAAAAUCACAAUGAAGAACAAGUGUUUUAUUUUCUA